AUGAGGGGACACUGCCUGCCCUGCCCCAAGAUGAUGAAUGAAGGUUUCCUUGACAUUUCAAGACCACUCUGCUACUUUCCAGACUUUUCUUACAAAGCAAACACGUUUAUUUUCUAUGCAAAGGUGAUUCAGAGAAUUUAUAGAAAGGUGGGAGGGUGGCUGAGCUGGGAGCUUCCAGUGCAGCGGUUGCCCCAGGGGCCACUACUGGGCCCUUCUUCUUCCCCCGAGGGUCCAGCAGGAAGGCAGAGGGUCACUGCAGCCUCGCUGUGCCCACCCUUCCCAGAGUGCCCAGUUAGCGGGGCCCUGGGCCUAGCCUUGGCUCCACCACAUCCAAGUUUGGGGGUGUUAGAAACGGGAGGGAGCAGAAGUAGAAGAAAAUUGCCUGUGCUGAAACACAUUUCCUUGUUUAUUUUGUUUUUUCUUUUUUUUUUUUUGAGGGAAAGAUCCCUGCAAGGCCCCUUCCAGACCAAGAGGGGACCAAAAUGCCAUCAUCAUAGUAGGGACUGGAGCUUCUACAAAUACUGA